AUGUACACACUAUCAACAGCAUUAACAACAUUGAAUUCGAUCAAUGUCACUACAAAUAAGAAUGACACGAUGGAUUUUGAGUCGUUGUCAUCAAGUCGUUCAUCCAAUAUUAUGCUGAUUCUGAUUCUGUCUGUUUUGUGCUUUUGUGGCGUUAUUUUCAUGAUAUUCGGUCCAAUGAUGCGUUCGGAAGCGAUGAAUCGUGUGCACAACGGUCCACGUGAUCCAAAUGCUGAACAUGGUCAUCAAAUGAUGGAUAGUAUGGGAUAUGUUGACGUAUAA